AUGGAUCAUCGCUUCCCAAAGAACGGGAAUCGACAAGAUCCUAAUAAAGGUAGAGAGCGUGCAAUGUCACUGCCUGCUGCAUUGCAUUAUAAUCAAGAAAUAGCGCGUUUUUCUAAAUCUAAACAGUAUGAUUUGGCCUGUGCUUCAUAUGAGAGGAUGAUUGGUGCAGGAGUUCCACCCGAUGUUGUUACAUAUAACACAAUGAUUAAUGUUUACGUUAAAAGUCAAAAAUUAACAGAUGCUUUUAGAUUGUUCGAAGAAAUGAAAUUUCAUGGUAUUAAUCCAACGAUUAUCACAUAUACAAGUUUAAUAGAUGGAUGCGGAAAGUGUAACAAUUUCAGCCAUGCGAUGAUGUUGUAUGAAGACGUGAAAAGGAGCGGAAUAGAGCUCAAUAUGCACUUCUUUAAUGCAAUUCUUAAUGCAGGGUUGCUGAAUGGCAACUUGUAUAUCAUCGAUACCGUUCUUGCUGAUGUUGCUAAGUAUAAUCUUCAUCCAAAUACAGUUACAUUUAACACAUUACUAGCCGGAUUUGCUAGAUUCGACCAACUCCGCCUAAUGAAGGGUGUUGUUGAAAAAAUGAUCGCUCAAGGAGUUGAAUUUUCUUUAGUAACACAAACUACGCUAUUACAAGCAGCGCAACUCGUUAGAGAUCAAAACGACUUGCGUAUGUUCCUAGAUUUACUUGAUGCCGCCAAAUUUAAUCCAAGUAAAAAUCAAGCAUCUCAAGCUGUGAUGGAUUUAAUCAAUGCAAAGAGAUUCCUUGUUGCUCACAGUUUAUUCCUUAAUUUGUUAACAGAAAUGUUUCAAUCAAUGAUGAAGUUUUCGCUGCAUUAG